AGCCAGCCAGGGCCCCGAGAGCGCACGGGACAGGCCUCGCCAGCCACGCCGGCCCCUGCGCCUCCUCUCCACGGAAAGGUCACGGCGCGCACAGGCCCUCAGCUGUGAUGCCCCGCCACCCCCCCGCCCUCCUGCAGCAGCCCCACCCAGGGGGCCAGCCCACACCGUGGCCCUUAUGAAGCGGUGACCACUCCGACCAGCAGGGGUGGAAGAUGGUACCAGCCGACCUGGAGCCGGAGGAGGAGCCUGCAGCCGCCGUCCUGCGAUGGAGGAGCCCACGCCCGAGCCCGUCUACGUGGAUGUGGACAAAGGACUGACCCUGGCUUGCUUCGUCUUCCUCUGCCUCUUCCUCGUUGUCAUGAUCAUCCGCUGUGCCAAGGUCAUCAUGGACCCUUACAGCGCCAUCCCCACCUCCACCUGGGAGGAGCAGCACCUGGACGACUGAGGCAGGCCACCCACGAUGCGCCUCUGUGUCCCCAUGGACACGGGGAGUGGACUUGGUCCCCCCGGGGCAGGAAGAGUCACCUCAGCCUCGCGGCCGUCACACGUGCGCCAGAGGGCUGUGCUUGGGGUGCUGUGGGGGGUCCGGCCGUGGCCAGUCUGGGAGGCACUGUGACUGUGGGCGGUCCCCCUCCCUGGCUCCGGCACAGAUGCCCACCCGCACACCCCGGUGGUCUCGUUUGGAGACUCUGCCCUGGAGGUGCAAACUAGCGCCUCCCAGUGGUCCAUUGCGGAAGGAGGGGGCGGAGCCUCCCCCCAAAACCCACCGAAGGCACAGGGGCUGCUUCCCAGCCAUAUUUUUUUAAACUAAAACAGAGAGGGGUAUAUUUUUCCUGCUACAGGUGAAAUGUGCAUUUUAGAAAUUUGGGAAAAUACAAAAAAAAAACAUAGAAGGAAAGGGAGGAAAUAACACUUACCAUCUCCUCUCCCAGAAGCCGCCAUUUUGAAAUAUUCUCCCUGCCUUUUUUACACGUGUUUUUAAAAUUGAUUCGCGCCGCAUGCCCGAUGCCCUAUCGUUGCUGUCACAGCAUGAAUAUGCGCCCAUCACUGCCGGUGGCUGCAGGGAGCUCCACCAGGAGGCCGGGUCGUAGUUUAAUAACCGCCUCCUUUGGUCAAACACUUCGUUCUUCUGUUAACUUUCCCCCACA